AACCAUAUCAAUUUUGAUUACGGCAGUUGGAUUUUGGCAUCAGCUGUGGUGGCGUCAUCCUCUAAAUAUCCUUCUAGAUAUCAGCACACUCAGGCCCAGGAGGACGGGCAGCAUGUCUCCCCGGCCCGACCCGAGACCUCCAACGCCAGGAGCCUCAUGGACAUCGGCACCCGCCGCAUCUUCAACGAAGACCACGACAUGUUCAGGCAGAGCGUCCGGCGUUUCUUCCAAGAGGAGGUGGUUCCACAUCACAAAGAGUGGGUCAAAACAGGCGGUCAUUGGUGGGAGAAGGCAGGUCAGGUGAGCAGGGAGGCAUGGGAGAAGGCUGGUGAGCAAGGCCUGCUGGGAGUGAUGAUACCAGAGGAGCACGGCGGCAUCGGGGGAGACCUGUAUUCAACCGCUAUAACAUGGGAGGAGCAAAUGUAUUGCAACUGCACUGGCCCGGGGUUCGCCCUGCACUCUGACAUCGUCAUGCCCUACAUCGUCAACUACGGCAGCAAGGAGCAGGUGGAGCGCUUCGUGUUCAUCACCAACGGCUGGAUGGCCGAUUUGGUGGUGGUGGUUACGGUGACCAACCGCGAAGCUAAGACAGCGGCGCACGGUAUCAGUCUCUUCCUGGUCGAGGAGGGCAUGAAGGGCUUCCAGAAAGGGCGCAAGUUGGACAAAAUUGGACUGAAGGCACAGGACACGGCUGAGCUGUUUUUCGAGGACGUGAGGCUCCCGGCCAGCGCUCUCCUGGGCGAGCUCAACAAAGGUUUCUACUACCUGAUGAACGAGCUGCCACAGGAGCGGCUCCUCAUUGCAGACAUGGCCAUAGCAAGUUGUGAGUUCAUGUUCGAGGAGACCAGGAACUACGUGUUGCAGCGGAAGGCUUUUGGAAAGACCAUCGCUCACCUACAGACGGUGCAGCACAAACUGGCCGAGCUGAAGACGGAGAUCUGCGUGGGACGCGCCUUCAUCGACAACUGCCUCCAGCUGCUGGCCGAGAAACGCCUGGAUCCCUCCACGGCCUCCAUGGCCAAGUACUGGGCUUCCGAUCUGCAAAACAAGGUGGCCACCCAGUGCCUGCAGCUCCACGGAGGCUGGGGCUACAUGUGGGAGUACCCCAUCGCCAAGGCGUUCGUGGACUCGCGCAUCCAGCCCAUCUACGGCGGGACCAACGAGAUCAUGAAAGAGCUGAUUGCACGCACCAUCGUCAGCCAGAAGUGAGACAGCCGGAGCAUACGGGCGAGUUUAAUUGUAUAUUGUGUGAAUGAUCAGAUGAGCUGUAGAAAUUGACUUAAAGACAUCUUGUGUAAAUGUAACGGCUCCUAACUUGUGUGUUUAGUGAUCUUGACACUCGCACUGUAAAUGUAAUCAAGACGUGUAAAAUAGAUAUUUCCAUACCCUGUAAAUUAGAAUAAAUCGCUUAAUUUAAAGUGUGUGCUCUAUUGAUGGUUUAACCAUAUUUGUUUUAAUUGUUUCAGCAUGGACAAAUAUUAGCUACUUCAUUUUAACUGCACUUUCCUGCAGCUUGACGAGUUUUCUAACUUGUUUGAAUGUAUGUUUUGGGUACAAAAAGAACCUCACCAGUUUCUGUGUACUCCAUUAAAAUCGCACAACUGACUUGGGAAAAUAAACGUGGCCUUUUUUGAAUGAC